CAACACUCCCAUCACACCCAUACCACCCCAAUCCUAAUCCCCAGAGAACACCCCCCCCACAAUGUCUCUGGCCCAUCUCCUCCGUCCCGCGCUGCGUUCCCCGCGCUUCCACACCCCCCGCGCACUCCCCUCCACCACCUACACAUGCCAAUCGCGACGGACCUACGCGCUACAAACGCCGGGCAGCCCGGUGAUGGAGAUCUUCAACCGCCGCACAAAGCACCUGCAGAAGGACCGCGCGGCGCAGAACGUCGAGGAGAGCCGGAAGACAGACUACAUCAAAGACGAGGUUGCCACGCGGCUAUGUGAGCGAUUGCUGGACAUCAAACGCGACUUCCCCAACGUCCUCGACCUAGGCGCCAACAGCUGCAACAUCGCGCGGGCCCUAACGCAACCAGACCCGGACCCCGACUCCCCAACGGGGAGCUCACCACCUCUCUCUCGACGAAUCUCGCACCUAACAUGCGUCGACACCUCCCCGGCGCUCCUGCACCGAGACGCGUCCCUCCCCUUCAACAGCGAAAUGAACCUGACGCGCGAGAUCAUCCCGGACCUCGAAACGCUCCCGUACGCGGAGAACAGCUUCGACGCGGUGCUCUCGUCGCUCUCGAUCCACUGGAUCAACGACCUCCCGUCGCUGCUGGCGCAAGUCAACAAGAUCCUGAAACCGGAUUGUCCGUUCAUCGCGGCCAUGUUUGGCGGGGACACGCUGUUCGAGCUGCGCACGUCGCUGCAGCUGGCGGAUCUGGAGCGGCGAGGGGGUGUCAGUCCGCAUGUGUCGCCCUUGGCGGAUGUCAGGGACGUGGGCGGACUGUUGAAUAAGGCCGGGUUUAAGAUGUUGACGGUCGAUGUGGAGGAUAUUAGGGUGGAGUAUCCGGAUUCGUUUGCCUUGAUGCGGGAUUUGCAGGCCAUGGGGGAGAGUAAUGCGAUUUUGCAUAGGGAGCUGGGGCCCAUCUCCAGGGAUGUGUUGUUGGCGAAUGAGGCUAUUUAUAGACAGUUGCAUAUGGAGGAGGGGGAUAGGGGGUUGCCUGCGACGUUUCGGUUGAUUUAUAUGAUUGGGUGGAAGGAGGGGUUGGGGCAGAGUGAGCCGUUGCAGAGGGGCAGUGGGCAGUUGAAUCUGAAGGAUGUUUUGGGGGGUGGUGACUUUGAGGGGAGAUGA